CACAUCACAGCUUCUCUGCAAUGGCCACGUAUCUCUCUCAACGCCCAACUUCGUCUCCACCCACCACGUAUUCCUCUUCCCAAAUCUUCAAAAUCCUCACCGCGCCUGCUCAAUCGAGCCACCAAUGGCCAUAUCUUCGCUUCUCCGCGCCCCAAACCCUAAUUUCCCUCAAUUUCCCCCAAAUUCCAUCAACUGCAGCACACGCCAGAGGUUCUCACGCCUUAAUAAGCCCUAUAUUUGCCAUAGCAGCUUCAAUUCCACCAGGCUUCACUCCAAGGACGACGAUUACAAGCUCACCUGGAAGGAAGAGCUGCGAGAUGCGUACCCGGACGAGAAUCUCGAUUGCGAUUCGGAUGAGAAAUUUCAGGAAAUUGUGGACAGGCGUGGCGUGGAUAAUUUGAGGAUGCUUAUUGUUGAUUCGGUGCAGAAUGCGAAGGCAGGGCAUCCAGGAAUGGCGUUGGGAAUGGCGGAGAUUGGAUAUUUUAUGUACAGGCAUGUGCUGAGGCAGAAUCCUGGGAAUCCGUUGUGGUUUGACAGGGAUAGGUUUGUUCUGAGCGCCGGCCAUGGCUGCUUGCUCCAGUACGUUUGCCUUCAUCUCGCUGGAUUCCAAUCUGUUCAGAUUGAAGACCUCCAGCGAUUAUGUAAACUCGGUAGUAGGACUCCGGGGCAUCCAGAGAAUAUAAUAACAGACGGCAUUGAAGUUACAACAGGACCUCUCGGUCAAGGUGUAGCCAAUGCAGUUGGCCUUGCAAUAGCUGAAGCUCACUUAGCUGCUAGAUUCAACAAACCCGAUGUUGCUGUUGUAGAUCAUCGGACAUAUUGCAUUAUGGGUGAUGGCUGUGCUAUGGAAGGCAUAUCAAAUGAAGCAGCAUCCUUGGCAGCACAUUUGAAGCUCAAUAAGCUCACAUUAAUUUACGAUGACAAUCAUAACACUAUAGAUGGUUCCACGGAUCUUGCAUUUACCGAGGAUAUCACGCUGCGGUUUCAGGGGUUGGGUUGGAAUACAAUAACCUUGGAUAAUACUCACGGUUGCAUAGCAUCGUUUCGAAAUGCACUCUUCGAAGCUUACAAAGAGACAGAAAGGCCAACAUUUAUCCGGGUGAAGACACGAAUAGGAGCAUUGUCGAAGAAAGAAGGAACAUCGAAGGCUCAUCAUGGAAUCUUCGAUGAAGAUGAUGAGAGGCAAAUGAAGCAAAAGGUUAAGUGGGAUGGUCGACAGCCAUUUUAUGUCAUUCCUAUGGUUCGCCGUGAAAUGCAAGUUCAAGCUGAAUACGGCGAAGAAUUAGAUAGAAAUUGGCAAGCCAAAUUGUCUUAUUAUGAAAGAAAGUAUCCACAAGAAGCAAUCGAAUUCAAAUCUCUCCUUCAUGAUGGACUGCCUCCAGGCUGGGAAAGCUCAUUACCGCUAUGGUCGACGUCCGAUCCUCUAGAUGCCACUCGAGGGUACUCCGAGAAGUGCUUAAAUAAUCUCGCGAAGGUGCUCCCCGGCCUUAUUGGCGGAAGUGCAGAUCUUGCUUCCUCCAACAAAGCAUACUUGCACGGGUAUGGCGAUUUUCAGCAGCCCGAAUCCUCGCAGGGCCGGAACAUUCGGUAUGGUGUUCGGGAGCAUGCUAUGGCCGGAAUUUCAAAUGGCAUAGCCUUGCACGGCGGUGGUUUGAUUCCCUUUGCAGCAACCUUUCUAAUCUUCUCUGACUAUAUGAAGAAUUCCAUUAGACUAUCUGCUCUAAGCCGUGCAGGAGUCAUUUAUAUUAUGACGCAUGACUCGAUUGGUUUAGGAGAAGAUGGACCUACUCAUCAGCCCGUCGAGCAGCUCGUCGGGCUCCGAGCAAUCCCCCGUCUCUUGGUUUUCCGCCCUGCAGAUGGUAAUGAAACUUCAGGAGCUUACAAAGUAGCCGUUGCCAACCGGGAUGUCCCGAGUUUGAUUGCCCUCUCGCGGCAAAAAGUGGCGGCUCAUGUCGAGGGCACGUCCGUGGAUCUAGUGGAAAAGGGCGGCUAUGUUGUGAGUGAUAACUCCGGGCAAAAUUUACCCGAAAUAAUAUUGAUCGGGACCGGAUCCGAGCUAAGCCUAUGCGAGGCAAGUGCAUGCACUUUAAGGGGAGAAGGGAGAAGAGUGAGGGUAGUUUCACUUGUGUGUUGGAGGCUUUUUGAUCAGCAACCGGUGUCGUACAAAGAGCACGUCUUGCCUCCCGGCGUCUCAAAACGUGUAAGCAUCGAAGCUGGCUCUCCCGUUGGGUGGAGGGAGUAUGUCGGCCCUAAAGGCGUCGUUCUUGGAGUGGAAGAAUUCGGGGCGAGUGGAGCGUAUUUGGAUACCUUUAAGAAAUAUGGUUUUACCGAAGAGAACCUCACCGCGGUCGCGAAGGAAAUCCUCGCCUCGUGACGAAAGGUACGUCGAUUUUUCGAAUGGUUAAAAUGGAAGAAGUUAAGAGUGCUAAUUGAGACAGAUCAGUGUAAGAAAGAUGAAAGGUAUGUCUACUCUUUUAAUACUUCAAAUAGUAGCUAAUUAAAGUUUCGUUUUGGUACCGUAUAUUGCAUUAUUUAUACCAUAUAUUGUCGUAAUAUGUAUUGUAUAUUGGUAUUAUUGGAUAUUGUUAGACA